CCAUUGUGGAAUACCUAAAUAAAUCGUCAAAAUGACAAAAAUCUGAGUUACUGUGUUCAAAACAAUAUUUGUGUUGUUCUAGGAAUAAAAGUAAUAAUUAAUGCCUCGUUCGAAUUUCUGUGAAUUCGAAUAAAGGUCAUAAAUUUCAUAAUACACUGAGGGAAUUGUGAAUAAUUUAUGUGAUAGUUGAAAAAGUUUGUGUCAAGUGAAGUUAACAGCAACAGGUUACUUACAGGAAAAAUCCAACUGGUGGGAAACGGAUUUUUGUGACUGGAUAUGGCAGAUGACCCAGGCCCAUCUUCACUUAGUACUGAGAUGGCGCACGAGAGCAGCGCGGCCGGGGGCGGCACGGAGCGCUCCCUGCAGCAGCCGGCGUCACCGCCGCUGGCGCCGCGCCUGCCCGCCGAUACCAGCUUCCACCACCAGAUCAUGCAGAAUCACAGCCCCAGAAAGAGCCAUAUAGCGGAGAGGGCAAAACAAAGCCUAGAGAAUAGUUUCCUGCUACAAUUAAAGAAACAACAGCAGCUGCAGCAAGAGAUUUUAUUGCAGCACUUCCAGAGACAACAGCAACAGCUUGCUGAGCAGCACGAACAGCAAAUUCGGCAUCAUCUGAAGCUCUGGGAGCAGCAGAAGGCGAUGGAGGAAGCGGCGCUGCGAGAGGCGCGAGAAGCGAGGGAGGCGCGCGAGCGACACGAGCGGGAACGGGACCGCGCGGAGCUGCUGCGGAAGAAAGACAAGCUGGAGCCGUGCGCCGCCGCCAGUGCCUCCACCCAGGUCAAGCAGAAGCUGCAGGAGUUCCUGAAGAAGAAGCAGGCGGCGGCCACCGCCAACGGAACGCUGCCCGGCUCGCCCUACAGGAACUGGGGCAUCGUGAAGUCGUCGUCGGGCGAGUCCAUCACGUCGCCGGGCGCCACUUCCGUCGCGCACCCCUACCGGCUGCCGGCUCCCCCCGCUCCCUCCACUGCGCCCUCCGCCGCCGACUACCCGCUGCGCAAGACGGCGUCGGAGCCCAACAUGCUGAAGGUGCGGCUGAAGGCGCGCGUCAUCGAGCGCCGCGCCUCGCCGCUGGCGCGUCGCCCGCUGGCCAGGAGACACAAGUCCCGCAACUGCGAGAGUGGGUCGCCGCCUGCCGUGUGCGCUGCGCCCAUCCGUGAGGAGGAGGAGAGCGCGCACUCCCCCGAACUGCUGUUCUCGUCGCCCUCCAUGCCCAACAUCUCGUUGGGGCUGCCGCACGUGCCUCACCCCUCACACGUGCCGCAUGCUUCAUAUGUGCCGCAUGCACCGCGCCCGCUCGCCCCGCCCGGGUCGGCGUCGCUGCCGCCCGUGUGCGAGGCGGAGGCGUACUGCGGCGUGGACGGCGUCAGCGCGGUGGCGAGCGGCCUGAGCGCGCGGCUCGCCAAGAGGCCGCUGGGCCGCACGCACUCGGCGCCGCUGCCGCUGGGAGACCCCGCGCUGCACGCGCCGCACCCGCUGCACCCGCUGCCGCCCACCGCGCACCACUACCUGCGGGACCAGAUCCGGAAGACGGUGCUGACUCGGGCGCACGACGCGGCCGCCGCGCAGCUCCGCGAGGAGGAGGGCGAGGUCAUCGACCUCACAUCUCGCCGGCCGCCCGCCGCCGCGGCCGCCGCAGCCGCAGCCGGCGCCGCACCGGCCGGCGGAGCGGCGCCGCUGGCGCGCGCGUUGUCGUCGCCGCUGGUGGGCGCGCGUCCUCCGCCCACGGGGCUGGCCUACGACCCGCUCAUGUUGAAACACGGGUGCAGCUGCGGAGCGCACGCGCCUACGCACCCCGAGCACGGCGGGCGCCUGCAGUCGGUGUGGGCGCGCCUGUGCGAGACGGGGCUGGCGGCGCGCACCGAGCGCACGCGCCCGCGCAAGGCCACCUUCGACGAGCUGCAGGCGGUGCACAGCGAGGCGCACGUGCACGCGUUCGGCGGGCGCUCGCGCGACGCGGGCGGCGGCGGCGCCGUGCGGCUGGUGCGGCUGGCGUGCGGUGGCCUGGGCGUGGACGCGGACACGGCGUGGAGCGAGGCGCACACGCCGGCCGCCGCGCGCACGGCCGCCGGCGCCGUGCUGGACCUGGCGCUGCGCACGGCGCGCGGCGACCUGCGCAACGGGUUCGCUGUGGUGCGGCCGCCGGGGCACCACGCUGAGGCAAAUCAGGCCAUGGGGUUCUGCUUUUUCAACAACGUAGCGGUAGCAGCGCGACUCCUGCAGACGAGGCUGCGGCUGCAACGGAUCCUCAUCGUGGACUGGGACGUGCACCACGGCAACGGCACGCAGCAGAUGUUCUACGAGGACCCGCGCGUGCUGUACGUGUCGCUGCACCGCCACGACGACGGCAACUUCUUCCCGGGCACGGGCGCUGCCGGCGAGUGCGGCGCGGGGCCGGGCCUGGGCUACACCGUCAACAUCCCGUGGCCCGGCCACCCGCCGCUCGCCGACGCCGAAUACCUGGCAGCCUUCCGCACCAUCGUCAUGCCCAUUGCCAAGGAGUACGGGCCCGAGAUAGUGCUGGUAUCGUGCGGGUUCGACGCGGCCGCCGGGCACCCCGCGCCCAUGGGCGGCUACCGCGUGUCGGCCGCGUGCUUCGCGCACAUGACGCGCGACCUCAUGACGCUGGCGGGCGGCCGCGUGGUGCUGUCGCUGGAGGGCGGCUACGACCUGGCCGCCAUGUGCGACUGCGCGCAGGAGUGCGUGCGCGCGCUGCUGGGCGAGCCCGGCGCCGCGCCCGCGCCCGACGAGCUGCGGCGGCCGCCCGCGCCGCACGCGCAGGCCGCGCUGGCCGCCGCGCUGGCCGUGCACGCGCCGCACUGGCCCGCGCUGCGCCGCCACGCGCCGCUGCUGGCGCUCAGCGCGCUGGACGCCGCGGCCGGCGCGCCCGACUGCGACGCCGCCGACACGGCCGCCGCCAUGGCCACGCUCUCCAUGCACCACCCCGCCGCGCUCAGCCGCUCGGAGAGCUCGCGCUCGGUGCCCGAGGAGCCCAUGGAGCAGGACGACCUCAAGUGACCGUCGCCGCCGCCGUCGCCGCACCGCACAUUCCCGCAACAACUACUACAACGUUACGAAGCUUUAAAGUGUUCUGUUAAUGUUUCAUGUACAAAAUGUAUUGUAUAUUAUGAUAAAUUGUAACUUUUUUGUUGUAUAUACCUAGUCUCGCCAUAAAUACUGAAACAAAGAAAAAAAAAUCUAUUGCAAAUAACAUUUAUUACUUUUACGUUGAGGCCUAUAUAGGUUAUCAAUAGAAGCACGCACUCUUUCUAUGAGUAAAUUUUUCACUGCCAAUCGUUCUGAUUGUUUUAGGGAUUCCACAUUAUCAUGGCGUUUAAUACAAGUCGUACUCUCUCAAACUGACCAUAAAUCAUAAUCCAGCAGAUUAAGAUCGGGGCUAGAUGACGGCCAGUCUUCAUCUCAGGUGAAGCCCGAAAUGUUCGUUUCCAACCAAGACUGCGUAGAUCGAGCGAUAUGACCCGGCGCCGAGUCGUGCUGGAAGGACCAUUCUUGGUUAUUGAACAUGGUGUUGUUAAGAGGCUUCACUAUCUUCUCAAGAACGGUAUCUUGAUACACUUGUGCCGAUGUUUUGAUACCUUUUUCCAGUCACUCCUUUAUAGCUAAUACCCCAAACCAUCCACCAAUCAGAUAGUGCCAAAGUUGCACUCUGUCGACUAAUUGGGAAGCUUCCUUAGAGCUUUGAUCAUAAAUACGGUCAUUUUGUUUGUUAAAAUGUUGCUCAAGUGUAAAAAAAUCUCAUCCAUAAACAAAAUUUUUCUGUGUUCUCCCUCGGCGUACCGUUUUAGUGGUUGUUUCGAUUUUAACACCCUAUUAUUUUUUAAAUUAAAUUAUCAGUUAAGAAAUGACCAGUCCCGUCGUAGACGUCUCUUAUAGGCUGCAAGUCCUAAAUCAUCUUUUAAAAUACGCGACAUGGUUCUAGGUGCUUCUUCUAGACGUAGUUCUGCUUUCAGUAGUCACAAACAGAGGAGGUCUCAUUAUACGUAUUAACAGCCCGGUACACAAACAUUUUACUUAUACCAAGACUAUGGCGAUAUCGCAACAUAUUGUACAAUGUAUUGGCGCCAAAAUGAAAAAACUCAAUGAACAAUCAUAUAAAAAUGACAGAUUCCAAAUUCAAAUGUAAUAUAUUUUGUUUAUAUUUAAUUGUAACAGUAUUUAUGGCCAGACUAAGUAUGUACGUGUGAGGCUCGCGGGCCAGAGCCGAUACCAAAGAUACAUCGCUCAGAGCACGCCGCGCCGGGGGGAGGACCGGGAGGGGGCGGGCGAUAGUUACAAUAUUCGCCGUUAGUUAGUUAUUUUUAUAUGAGAAUAUUUAUAUAGAUCUGUGAAUCUAUUUUUGUUGAUGUAUAUGUGUGUAUGUAUGAGUGUGCGUGAGCGCUGAAGAUGUAUUUAUUAUGGCAGAGCCGAUCGUUUAGUUGUAUUGAAAUAUAUUUGUAUAUUGGGUGUUGAUAUCGUGUUGGACAGAGUCGUACACUAAUUGUAACUAUAGAUGUUUAUAUUUGUUGGAAGAAAUAUUAAUAUUAUAUGUGACACACGGUGACUUGCCCCCGGCCUCCGGACGCUCAAGGGGACGAGCCCCGACGACUCGGACACGUGCCUCCGGGUGCGAUACUUGUUUGGUUGGUUGCGAUAAACAGAUUUAAACAAUGUUGUGUCUUUAAAAAUUUUAUUGUUAACUUAAGAGUUAUUAUUUAAUGUAUAUACGUAUUAAAUAUAUAUAUUUGGAAUUAA